AUGCUCUCGGUAUGACUGAUAUAAUAGAUUUUCAAUUUUAAAAUAUAAUAACAUCGUAAAUUUAAUUAACAAAAAAUAUAUUUUUUAAAUUUGAAAAUUAAACGUUGAUGUUAUUUGUUGAAUUCAAAUAUGAAUAUCCAGAUGCUUAUGUUAUAUGUUGUGGUUUUGGAUGUGUGCCGUGUGGACCUUCUAGGCCAGUAUGGUUACCAAACCCAAAAAACUCAUUUUCUGUUCGUUCCAUGUACAGGUGUUUAAGGGGUGAGGCUUACAAGGGCCUUCCAAACUUUCAUGUUGGUUCUGUUUGGAGGCUGAUCGUUCCAACCAAAAUAUGCUCCUUCAUUUGGCUUGUGGCACACAAGCGCAUUUUCACCAUCGACAAUCUCAAGAAAAGGAGUUUGUCUCUUGCGAACAUAUGUGAGAUGUGCAGCGAGGAUGAGGAGACGAUCAACCAUAUCUUCAUUCAUUGCAAGUUCAAUAAGGAUGUGUGGGACAGGUUGAGGAGGGCUUGCGGCUCUCUAGAGACUCCGGUAAGGGACAUCUUUGAAGUCAUAUCCAGGUGGCCAACAAACUGUACGGACGAUGGGAAGAGCUGGAUUCGCUAUGGUGUUCUACAUUCCGUAUGCUGGCAGAUUUGGCUUGAACGAAAUAACAGAAUCUUUAGAGAAGUCCGUUUGCAAGCAAAGGUAGUUGCACGCAAGGCUCUCAUGGACGUAGUGGAGUGGUCUGUUGCUGGUGGAAUAGUGGACAAAUCAUAAGGGAUGCAAUGCCUUGAAGAGAUGCUUCAGAGGAUCUAAGUGCAAUGGUAGAUGUUCUAAGUUUGAGUGAUGGCUGCUCGCUGCUGCUCUGUUUCUUUUUCAGGUGGUAUGUUGGCUAGUGUGGCGCUGAUUUCCCCAGACUUAGUUGUUGCCUAUCUGGAGCAUUCCUCUUCUUUUUUUUUUCGGACGGUUGCAGUAAUCUUUUCCUGCUCUGAUCUUUUGUUCCUGGCAUCUUCGACUUGGACAGCGCUUCAAUGUUUUCUUCUUUGUUGGGAGUUGCUUUGCUGAUUUUCGAUGGUUUCUCUGGUUUAGCACCGGUUUUUUAAUGGGUGGAUAGGUUUCUGUGUCUGCUCCCAUGGUUCUUGUUUUUGUUUAGCUCUUUAAUUUUUGAUUUUUGUGCUGGGGCUUUGUGCCUGGACCCUUUUGGAUGUAGAGGGGGUUUGGUCCUCCAAACAGCUACCUUCGCCUUUUUGUUUUCUUUCUUACUCAUCUGGGGAUCAAGUCUUUUGAUCUGGUUUUGUUGUUUUUGCUUUCCUUUCAUUUGUUUACUCUUUGUUUUUUUGGUUUCCAUUUUUUAAUCUCACCAUUAUAAAAAAAAAAUAUAAAAUUUUAGAUGUUGU